AGAAAUGGCGUUGAAGGUAUGUGGAAUUUCUAAUUUUUCUCUGUAAAUUCCUUCCAUUACCUCCAACGAUGGAAUUUCUAGCUUUGGAUUUCAGUUUCGUCUACAGAGAUCUUUCUCGAUUUCUCUUUUCUCUUUCCGGUUUUGAAUCUCUCUAUUUGAUUACUUACUCUACGAAUCUCGCCCUACUCCAUGUAGAAAACGUGGAGAAGAAAUUCAGAUCAGUUAUUUUUUUAGAUGAAGAAAAUCUCGAUCUGUUUGUUUUUUUUUUGGAUCUCAAAGAGAUGAAACCAAUGUUGCAUUGAUUUUAGUGAAAUUCCUUCAGAUCUAAAGUAAUUCCAGACAUGCAUAGAUUAGAAGGGGGAUAUUGUUCUAGAUCUUAUCAUGAAUCGAGCAUAUUCUUCUUUGGAAUCUCUUUAGGGGAAAUUUUAACUUUGUUAGACUGCGGACCGAAGUUAGAUCUGAUGAGAAAGUGUUGAAAUCCUGCCGAUUUCUGGUAAGAUCUUAGGCCUCAAAGUUCUCCUAUCUUUGAUUUGUUUUGUACGGAUGUUUGGAUCUUGUCAUCGUUUGGAAAUUGGUAUUCAGAGCAAAAAGCAUUAGAAUUGUCCAAUCUGAAGUAAAUGGCCAUGAUAUGUCCGGUAGAAAUGCAUGCAAACGCAAGGAUGCAUCAUAGAUUUGUAUUUGAAGUUCUCCACCUUGAAUGGACUGAAAAUGCUGAGGAAUCUCAGCCUCUCGGGCAAUUCUUUCAUCGGUCGCCUCAUCCCUACCAUGGAACGAUUACUUCUCUGCAGCAUUUGGAUCUGUAGGAAACCAGUUCUAUGGUCCAAUCCCAGCCCGGCUCAUGGAGCUCUGGGGAAUCUUUUAAGGAUUGUUCAAUGCAGAUAUUUCAGAACUUGGAAAUAUUGGAUGUAAGUCAAAAUCAGAUCAGAGGGAAGCUUCCUUCGUUUCAUCCAUUGCUAUCCCUUCGGGUUUUGUGGGUUGGUAACAAUCUGCUAGAUGGAUCUAUACCACCUGAGCUCUUUGGGAGUUCCAUGCAGCUGGAAGAACUGGAUCUCAACAGCAAUGGAUUUUCAGUUACUGAUAGCCGCCAUCCUGGAGCGACAUUGGACCGAAAUGGAUUGCGCCCCAGUCGCUUUUACAUUACACAUAGUGGACACGUGAUCAUGGCCAGUGAGGUUGGUGUUGGAGACAUCUUGCCAGAAGAUGUGGCUAGGAAAGGAAGACAUCUGAUCGGUCCAAAGGGACCUUACUGAAACAGUUCAUGUGGAAGGCUAGGAAAGGAAUACAUUUGUAGUCUGUUUUUAAAACUUUAAAUAGACCAUUAAUUGUUUUGUUGAUAUUGUGCUGAUUGUUGUCUUGAUGAAUGUUAAAUGGGUGAAAUAUGCACAGGGUCAAUCGUUUGUUGA